AUGCUUGGUUCGCUCAACGUGGUCGCGGGGUCGGCGGUCCGCCCCACGCGGAGCACGGCCCCGCGUCGCGCCCGCGGCGUCGCCGUCCGCGCCGGCAAGGAGGAGGAAAUCUACAUCGGCAAGGGCAAGAAGAUCACCGACGACCCUUCCAAGUACCCCGAGAAGAACGAGUUCGUCGGCGGCUGGGCUGGCGGCGAGGUGGGCCUGUGGUCGUUCCGCGAUGAGGCCAAGGCAGGGGCGACGGCCGCGCCGGCCGAGGAGGAGCCGGCCGAGCCCGCCGAGCCCUCGGAGGGCGUGGCGGAGGCCAAGUGGGUCGACGGGCGCUCCGUGAAGGCGAGGGUGGUCAAGCAGGGCGGCGACACGCUGUACAUCGGCAACGGGCGCUUCAUCACGGACGCGAGCUACAAGUACGGCGGCAAGGAGGACGUGGGCGCCUUCCCGGGCGCGACGGGCGGGUUCGCGGGCGGCGAGCGGGGCCUGCAGCAGUUCCUGGAGACGGGCGACAUCGAGUUCACCGACGGGCGGCCCACGCAGGGGCAGUCGCCGCUCGCGGGCGGGUUUUUGAUCGCAGGCAUGGGCGCGGGGCUGUACGCGCUGUCCGACUCGGUGGACGUCGUGGGCAAGGAGGCCACGGGCGCGACGGCGCAGAUCCCGGGCGUCGAGAUCGGCAUCGCGGUCUUCGGCGUGGGCUUCCUCGUCGUGCUGGUCAGCGUGCUGGCCAAGCGGGCCGCGUCGGCGGCGGCCGAGGGCAUCGAGAAGGGCGUCAAGGUCGCGGCGCUGAUCACCACCGUCGCGAUCGUCGCCAAGUACAUCAUCGACAACUAA